UGCUACAGAAGUGACAUUUUGAAAGUUUCUCGCCACGCAAACCGGCCGCGUUUCUCUUGUACACGAAUGCAGUUAAAGCAGAACGCGUUGAAUGAGAGUUACUGUUGUUGCUGCAGCGCUUUAUUCGCGUAUUGUCUCAAUAGAGCAUCAGUGUUAGCGGCUUCAGCAGCUUCACGGUGAUUGCAGUUCAUCAGGAUGGUUGUGCUGAAGAGUUUGCAUCCACCCAGCGAGGGCGUGAGGCUCCAGCAGGCCGACACCACUGCAGUUCUGGACGGGAAGAGACUGGGAUCAGGGACGCUGUUUGUGGCUGAGGCGUGUGUGUGUGUGUGUGUGUGUGUGUGUGUGUGUGUGUGUGUGUGUGUGUGCGCAGUGGAGCCCAUGUUCUCCGCCAUGUGUGACUGUCAGGCCCUGCACCCCGAGGACGCGGACACAGAUGACGACGAUUAUGAGGGAGAGGAGUAUGACGUCGAGGAGGCUGAGCAAGAGCAGGGUCAGGGUCAGGGUCAGGGCGACGUCCCCACGUUUUACACCUAUGAGGAGGGUUUGUCUCACCUGACGGCCGAGGGUCAGGCCACACUGGACCGGCUGGAGGGGCUGCUGGCCCAGUCUGUCACACAGCAGCACCACAUGGCUGGAGUCAGAAGCGACGAGCCAUCGGCUGAAUUUGAAGAUGGAAUGGAAGUCGACUCAAGCACAGUCACUGGACAGUUUGAGGACGCCGAUGUGGAUCACUGAUGAACUGCGUUUCUGUACGGCUGAUUGAAGCACUUCAGUGGGGCAUGCUGGGAUAUCAGUCUUUCCUUGCUUGAAUUGAAUGGGCUGUUUUACACCGCGGCUGUCACGACCAUGUGUAGCUCCCACUAAUGUGUUUUGUAGUUUUCCCUGAAGACCAAGUUCCAGAAUGUUCCUCCUCAGUGAUGUUGAUGAGUUUGUUAGAGAUUUCAAUAAAUACAGCU